CCGCACAGCACUGUCGCGCCGGGACACUCCACCGACACCUCAGUUUUAGCGGUCACGUGAUUCUCCUUGAAACGAUAAGCUCUUCGAUAUGGGGCUUCAGCGGGGGUUGUCACCCCUGGGCGUAAAUUAUGGGAGGGUUGUAACCCCCCCAUAAUCAAAACUAGCCAAUACAACCCCCUGGACCCCCUUUAAUGGGUGGAGACGUCAACCCCCCAAUGCUCAACCCAAAUGCAUGCCCUGGUCGUCACCUGCAACUUUUAUAUGUUUCGGAGCUUCGGUGCUGCACGGGCCAUCACUAGUGAGGAGGUUACGCUGCACCGCGGACGCUGUUGGGUGGAAGUCGAUGCCCUUUGCCAUUCCCAGAUAGUGCAUUUUGUUCCGAGCUCGGAAGACGUCUCUGGUUUGCACGUAAAUGGAGUUUCAGCCAUGGAGGGACUAUCUGCAGUUGGCUGACAUCAUCCGGGCCAUGCAAGCUGGACCUGCCGUGCCUGAAGGACCAGGUCGGGUGGGGGACCAGCCAGGAUCUGCCCGGUGGCUGCCGAUGUCUGUCGAGCGGCAUACAGACAAUGCAGUGGAUGGCGGGAAAAGCAGCUCCAAGCAGCCCGCAGCUGGACCUUGGCAGUCUGGGGGAAAGGAGUCUCCAGAACCGCAACGGCCUAUCUGCAGUUUCUGCAGACACAAUGGGGAGUCGGAGGCUGUCUUCCGGUCCCACUGCCUCAGGGACCAGGCGGGUGGCGUGAGCUGCCCAUACCUGCGGCAAUACAUUUGCCCGCUAUGCGGGGCCACUGGGGCUCGGGCACACACCAAGCGGCACUGCCCACAGGUGGAUGGCACGUACUGCUCUGUGUACGCCAGGGCACAGCGCUAAGCUGCUCUUUUAAAAGCUCGUAACUGCUGUCACUGCGCACUUUUAUCAUUCCAUACUGUAAUUGCACUAUAUUUUACUACUGUUGGAUACUGCUCUUUAUUUUUCUAUUUUAUCCUAUUUGUAUUGUACAUUAUAUUUAUAGUACAUUUUUAAUAUUGUGGAUGUUACUCCAUUCGUGUAGCAUCAUAGAGGGCGCAAGA